ACGAUAUUAUACUUAUUAAUAAUAAAUUGUUUGUUGUAUACAAUAAACAAUAAUAUUAUUCUCUAUGGUUAUCAGUACUUAUCACGUCCUUAUCUGCCACUUGUUUGUCGAUUUUUCCGCCGUCGCCACAAUCGACGAACGACUAUUAUAAUAGAUACCCGCAACGACUAGACCGUACGCUGCGCCGCCGCGAACACAAUCGUGAGCAACAACGCGCGCGUGUGGCUCCUAUCGAUCGUGUUUGCCAUCGUCUGAAUGUCCGAUUGUCACUGUUCGUCGGCGUCAGUACUCAGUCUCAGUCGUCGCAACGCGCGCAUAUUGCUCAGUUUGACGUCCGUAGUGUCGUCGUUCGCUCAAGCAACAGGCCGGUCCGUCUGAAACAAUUCCAGUCGCGCGUACGCACCGCCGUACCGUCUCUUGCACACCCGUGUCCGGUCAGCGGUAACCGGUGGCCGGGUCGCCUCCGGCUGCAAUGCACUUCGCACUAGCCACAACGCAGGGCGGUCGCCCAACGACGGUCACCACGGCCGCGAUGCCUAACGACGGCCCGCGGACGUCGGCCGUCCCCGCACCCACCUCCUACUUGCCGCACGCUGUGCCGUCCACGUCCAAAGGCGUCGGCGCCACCACCGCAGACGCAUCGACAGGCCUUAAUGCCGACGACCACACAGCUGGUGGAUCUCAGAUCACGAUGGAAAACUACGAUGACAUGUCGUCGGAAGACGAAUACCAAAAGUCCGGGUCCACGUUCACCAUGGCUUUGGGCCACUACUUUUUCGAGAGGAACUUGAUCGAAACUCCAAAUAAUUACCUAGCCAGCAAACCUGUCAUAGACUAUGUGAAUUUGAAGUUUGUUGAAAACAAUUUUAGAACAUUGGGACUUGAUGAAAUGUUUGAUAAGAAUAAUAUAAUGAGAGCUGAAAUAGAAUUUGAAUCGUUUGAAGUAUGGUUCUCUCACUUGAAGAACUAUGCUCCUGACAGAGAAUAUAUCAGAGAUCUCCGUCUACCAUUGUUUUGUCAUCUUUAUUUGAAUCUAUAUGCACCACGUAAUCAUGCACGCCUACAGGCCUUUUUGAAAACAUUUAAAUAUUUAUUUGCAAGUGCUAAAGGAGCUAUUUAUCUGGAAGAGCUGCGAAAUGUUACUGAUGUGUUAAAUUUAUCACCUCGUCUUGAAUAUUUCAGACGAAACAAAUUUGUAUAUGGUGUCUCUCCUAUGUUUGUUAACAGUCUUUAUGAUUUUUUUCAAAUUAAUUUCAUGCUUCAAGUGGUGUUUCAAGAAUGGAUUGACAUUAACUAUAUUACUUAUGAAGAUCCAAGAAUAGUAUUUGAUGAACAUUGUACCAAUAAUCAAGAACGAGUAAAUAAUUUGGAUAAAGCAAAUGCUCCAAAAGUAAAUAAUAAUGUUAAUCCCUUUAGAACUAAAUUAUGUAAAAAAACACUGAAUACAUCUCAAAAUCAGAACAACAAUCGCAAAGUCAAUAAUUCUGAAAAUGAUUAUUACAAUAAUCAACGUCCUUCUACGAGUAAAGAUUUUGUUGGCUCCAGCUCUGGCUCCAGUUUUCAAGUAUCCAAUUGCAGAAAAUUGGCUAACAAUUGUGUUGAAGAUCAACAAAAACAGGAUACAAAUUCGGAACUAGACGAAUCUACUGAAUAUUCUGAACAGUCUUCAACCCAGGAUCGUUACCUACAACCAAGAUCUAGACGAUCAAAGAAGUCAACUGAAAAUUCUGAACAGUCUUCGACAGAGGAUCAUUAUCUAGAACCAAGAUCUAGGCGAUCAAAGAAGUCAACUGAAAAUUCUGAACAAUCUUCAACAGAGGAUCAUUAUCUAGAACCAAGAUCUAGGCGAUCAAAGAAGUCAACUGAAAAUUCUGAACAGUCUUCAACAGAGGAUCAUUAUCUAAAACCAAGAUCUAGACGAUCAAAGAAGAAAAAUAUCAAAAGAAAACAUUUGAGACAUGCCAGAGAUCGUCCUUCGUCGUAUGAACGAGAAUCAAGAAGACUUAAGAAAUUCUGCGUUGAAAAAAAUGAUGAUACCAGCUUACAAAAGAGAUCUAAAAGUCAUCAAGAAAAUGAAAAAUUGUCAGAAUCACUUAGAGAAGGACAGAGUUUAUCUAAUCAGAAAGAAGUUAAAGAAGAAAGAAUAAUAUUACGGAUUUCAAGAAAGUCUAACAGAUUACACGUCAUUUCCAGUAAUGAGAAGAAAGAACCUAAUGAUCCUGAAAAUCCUAUUCUGGAGAAAUCAAAUGAAGAACAAAUAUCAAAUAAAGGGAAAAAGUCUCGUAAGCACCGAAAAAAACAUAAAUUAAGACGCAAAAAAAAAUCUACCUCCGAUAAUAAUUUGCAUGAAAGCUCUACUGAAACAUCAAAUAAAGACGAACAAUUGCGGAAGAAAAUUAAAUCAAGCGACCGAAGAAAAUCUACCAGUAAUCAAAAUCAAAGUCGUUCUUGUGAAAAAUCAUCUGAAAUAUCUGAUGACGAUUACAAAGAAAAAAAGUGCAAGCGGCAAAAGAAAAGUAGUGGAAGCAAAUCCACCAACGAUGAUAAUAAUAUGCAAAUGAGUGAAAGUUUAUCUGAAGUAUCUGAUGGAGAAAAAAAAAUUCACAAGAAAAGUGGCAAAUCUAUCAGUGAUGAUAAUAUGCAUAUAUCAAAUGACGAUGUAAAAAAGCAAAAACGACAAAAUAAAAGAAGCAAAACUAAAUCUACCAGUGAUGAUAAUAAUCGUAUGCCCGAAAUAUCAAGUGAUGAACAAACAUUUCAAAAACCUCAAAAGAAAAAAAAAUUAAGAGGCAAGGAAAAAUCUGACUAUAAUAUAGAUUAUAGUAGUUUGUGUGGAACCUCGUCUGAAGACCAAGAAAGCCCAAAUAAAGAUAGAGAAAGUCAUAAAUCAAAUACCAGAAGAAAAUAUGAGCGCAUUAAUAGUAAUACUAGUCCAAGUGAAAGUUAUUCAGCAGGAGAUUCUUUGGAGGAUUCCAGUUCUUUGUACUCAUCUUCUUGUGAUGAAGAACUUUCGAUGCGUAAAUAUAUGAGAAAUAUCAAAAAAUCAACUCAAUAUGUACGCUAUGAAACUUCACGUCAUUUGAAACCCAUAAAAGUUACUAAAAUUAAUUUGAAAACCCUUGAUGAAGAUUUGUAUCUACACUCAAGUCGAAAAAUAAUCUUGAAAAACUGUAGCAAAGUAUCGUGUUCUUUUUUGACUUCCGAUCAAAAUUUGGUUGUUGCUGGUUCAGUAGAUGCUUUGAUUUAUUUAUGGGAGAGAGAUAAUGAACAAUCUUUAUCAGAAGAAUCUCAUGAUAUUCUACAUACCAUUGGAAAUAUAAAUCCCAGCAAUUUUGCACCAUCAGUACAAGGAAACAAUUUAGUUGAAUAUUUGGACAAAAGUAAAGCAUUUAUAUUACGUGGACAUGGUGGAUCUAUAUUUGAUUUAGCUGAAUUGCCAUCAGCUAAAAUCCUGCUCAGUGCAUCUGAUGACAAAACCUACAGAGCUUGGGACUUGAGAACUAAACAGUGUAUAGAAAUAUACAAUGAACAUGAACAUAGGACAUGGUGUAUUGCUGCCAGUCCAUAUAGCUUGCAAGUGGCCACAGGAUCAUGUGAGGGCGCUAGCUGUUUAUGGUUUUUGAACUAUAAACGUCCGUUAAGAAUGUUUAUCGGUCAUCUCGAUGAUAUUUUGGUUUUAAAAUUCCAUCCAAAUCAAGUGUUCUUAGCUACUGGUUCAUCGGAUAAAACUGUUAGAGUGUUUGAGCUAACAACUGGUGACUGUCAUAGAGUUUUAAUGGGACACACCGAUUAUAUCACCUGUUUAGAAUUUAAUUCUGAAAAUUUUAAUUAUCUAGCAUCUGCUGCUGGUAACGGAGAAAUAAUAGUAUGGGAUGUGUCAUCUGGUGAAAUAGUAUGGAGGAUUGGAGUUGGUAAAGUGUUAUUUUCGGAUCUUCUGUGGAUAACAAAAGAUGUAUUAUUAGCUUCAUUGACUACUGGCGUUGUCUUAAAAUGUGACACUACACUGAAUUAUAUAGAUUCCUCCUGUAAAGUAAAUGGAUUUGAAACUCCAUUUUAUCGUCUGUUUUCCUUACAAAUGAUCAACAAUAUAGUGUAUACAAUAGGCAUUCCUGAUAAAUCAGGUGGUCUUAAACCACUAUCUAAAAGAACCAAAGAGAAAGCUUUACAAAUGAAAAGUGAACAACAAAAAUCUCAAAAGGAACCUUCACCAUUAUCUAAAUUAUUUUUCCCACAACAUAUUAUUGAUAACAAUAGCAAUUCAAUGACACCUUUACGUGGAUUGAGUUUGUCAAAACCAAAUCAUACUUAUGAUUUUGAAUAUCAAAUAAAUACUAAUGAUCAGCUUAAUAAAUCAACAGUGCCAAAUUUUUUGAGUAUGAAUUUAAAAUCUUCACCAUUUCAUUUAUCUGCUGAUGAAAUAUCUAAAUUAAGUUCCGAAUACCAAUCAAAAAAUAUACGAUUAAUUCCAGCAUCGGAUAUAACUAAUAAUCUUCAAAAUGCUUACCUAUUGCCUGUUCAACAAAAUAUUCGGACAAGCAAGGCAAACUCUAUAAAUACCCAUUCAACAAAUGUUCAGAUACCAAGUACGAGUAAAUCACAAAAAUUAAAUAAAACACAAGUACCACCAAAAUCAAAAAUAACAACAGCAAAACAGCAUAACUUUGGUAACAGUAGUUUAACAAUGCAUACAAGUAUUCAACACAUGCAAAUAAAAACCACUAAAGCCCAAGAGCAGCUGUAUUUAGAUGAUCAUAAAGACACUGAUAUGUUAGUCCAACAAUAUCUACAAACAACGAGCACAAGUACUCACAAGCAGCAAACUUCAAACCUAUUGCAAGUUACACGACCAGGGAUAAGCUCUCCAUUGCUUCAGAAUAGCAUUGUACAGCAAGAUCAGAAAAUGCAGCUACAACACGGCACUGGAAGUAAUAGUAAUGUUGCUGGGACAAAUGUUCAACAACAGCAGUUAUUACAACAAUCACGGUCUAAUACAAAUUUAACAAAAGGGAAUGUUCAACAGCGCUUAUCCUCGCAAACAAAUAAUCGAUCUUCCAAUGUUACUAAACGUCCAUCUCCUAAACAAAGUCCUAAUAAAUCAUCUUCUUUGGAUGACACAGGCACAGGUAAACAUACUCGCAUGCAGUGAUGGUAAUCUUAACACAUUCAAGCCAUUUAAUGCUUCCGAGCUAAAAUAUAAUAAUUCAACAUUCAUUAAUAUUUACUACUUAUUAAGACGUAAGUGUUUUUCAACAUGUAAUUCUUAGUAUUUUUAAUUCUAAGUUGUCAUUAAUGACAUUAUUUACAAAAUUUAUAUAUUUUAUCUUUUAGUGUAAAACAAAACUAUUACAAUUAUUAUUUUAUUUUUAAAAUUGUUUGAUACUUAAUAUAUGAUAUUAUACCAUUAUCUUAUACUUAAAUGUAAUUUCUGAAAACAAAAUUUAUAGUUUGAAGAAAAUGAGGUAGUUAUUUGUAACUUUUCAUUUAAAUGUUUGAUUCUUAUAGUUAAACGUUAUUUUUACUUAUUGUAUUAUUUUAGUGGUUCCUAACCUUUUUAGUAGUAUGUAAAAAAAACGUUGUGGCCCACAUACCAAAUAUACAGGUGAAUAAUACAGAAGAAAUAUAGACUUGUUUAAAAUCAUAUAAAAAUCCCGAUGUUGAUGCCAAUUCAAAUUUGCUGACACUUGGACUCUCGAUCACCAUCCGUGGCCCAGUUCCACAUUGUCCGCGGCCCACCCUGACCAUGGGUUGGUAACCGCUGUAUUAUUGGAUUGAAACAAAUAUAUACUUUAAUAUAAGAUAAUACAUUAAUAGAUUAGAUCAUGUAUUAAGUUAAUAAUGUAUGUAUAUUUAAAUGUAAUUAAUUAAGAUAUUUAUUAUUAAUCAAGUUAAUUUAAUUUAAAACAAUUGCGUAAUUUAGAUAAAAAAUAUUGAUAUUAUGUACUUAAUUAAGUUUUUGAUCACAAUAAUGAAAAACAUACAAUGUUUUCAUGAAUAACAACUUUACAAUAUUUAUUAUAAUUGAUUUUUAGGUGGCUCUAGGCAAUUGAAUUUUUCAUGCAUUUAUACCUAUAAGCUGGUGAAAAAUAAAUAUAAUUAUUCUAGUAAUACAAUUUUUAUAUUGAAAACUAAUUUGAAUUCGUUAGUGUUUUUUCUAUGUUUUUCAGGAAAGUCUUUAAAAUACAUAUUUAUUUAAAAAAAUUAAGUAAAUUAAUUUGGAACUGUAAUACCAAUACUUUUCAUAAUUUUGAAAAUCCACCUCCUAUAUAACAUAGAAUAGAAACAAAAUGAAUUCAAAUCAUUUUCCAAAAUUAAAAUUGGAUUACUAGAUGUAUGUUAAUAUUUUGCUUAUUGGCAUUAUUUAUUGUCCUGUACCCCGAAGUAGAAAAUUAUUUUUGACCGUGUCUACGAUGAAAUCGGCGUACGCGUGCUUUAUAAUGUUUUAUCUUGUUCCCCUGCAGCUUGGUGAUGAGGAAUCCAGAGUACACACAAUAAUCAUUUUCGACCAACAAAAAAUUAAGGGCUGUGGCAACGAGAUAAAUUGCCUAAAUGUUGCUAUUUAAAAAAUAGCCACUAAGAGCUGCCUUAACCCACAUUGUGUAACAUUGGACCUUACAAUUAAAACUUAAGUAGCCUUUUUUACUCUAACAAUUUGUCUAACAAAGGCUCAAGGUAUCAUAUAUUUUGAUUCUUGUGAAUUGAACCAGAAAUUAAAAUAAAACAAUUCAUCUUAAUGUUCA